GACUGGUCCAUUAGUGGUGUUGUUGGUAAUGGUGACGGUAGUGAUGGUGACGGUGAUGAUGGUGACACGCACACACGGCUCACUAUCCUGUCUGCUUGCUGCGCCUAUAGUGUUGGUAUUAAGCGACUGAAAGUGAUUUUACACAUUGAAAAAAAAAGCAGUAGUGAACACCAGACCUUCGAGUGUGGAUCCGUGACUGACUGGGAAAGUGACUGACGUCUGACAGUUACGUCUAACCGAAAAACCUACUAACAAGCACAACAGUGAACAAGCAACAUGGGGAAAAGAAACUUACUCAACCUCUUGUGUGUAUUUUCGGUCGUGGUAAGAGGAUGGGCAGCUCCCUCAGAGUUAUGCCCACGGGAGUGUACAUGUGAGGACGCGCCCCUCAAGGAUGCCUCCUUCGUACUUACUUGGAUGACGUCGUGGGGUGAGGAUGACCUGCCCGAGGUGCAUCCUAAUGAGGUGAUAGAGGCGGGAGACAUGGUGACGUCAACGACCGCGGGGGAGGCGGGAGUGGACGUGAACAUGGUGGGUUUACACGUCACCUGCGCCCUCAUGCCGGAGACCAACCUCACCACCCUCUUCCACGCCAUCCCUGCUAGAGCCAUGGUACUGACGGUACUACAAGCCACAGGAAGUGACCUUGUAGUGGUUGAGGCAGGACAACUUACACCCCUGAAGGAACUUAAGGCAUUACAUCUGCAGGGGUAUGCGAGACACCAUGCUUCACAGGUCUCUGGCUACUUCUCAAACCGUGUGAGGCAGAUGGUGCAACAUAAGGAGGAAGUUAAAAAGAUGGAGGAGGAGGAUGACCAGGAUCUGCUCUUGGCGAUAUCCGAAGAUGCUCUGAUGCCUCUGACCAACCUACAGCUGCUAGACUUACAGUACGUGCGUCUGGUAGCUGCCAUGGAAGGAGGCCGUCUUCGACGACAGACGGACCCACUGUCCACCACCACUCUCCUCGACAUGCCUCUGCCUUACUUCCUCUCUCUUUCUGAUCAGAUACAAGAUCUGGACCUUCCCCCAGAGCUUCUGUCCAAGCUUCCUCCCUCACCCCCGGCUGAACAGGCCUACCAGGAGUUCGAGUUUGUGAUGCUGGACGAUGAUGAGGACAAUGUAGUGCCCUACGAAGUCUUCAAGUCCGAGACUGAUAUUGUACUGGCGCCUUUCAUGGCACAGACGCAGCUUCGGUACUUGCGUGUGGCUCAUGCCAAGCUAGACUGUGUUGGUCCUGAGCUGCUGACGGGGCUGAGCAACUUGCACACUCUGACGCUAGAGCAUAACAAGAUCAAGAUCCUGCCUCCUGCCAUGUUCACUCCUUCUGCUCACAUCCGCCAUCUUUCCCUCGCCCACAACAACAUUCUUGCUCUCGAAGGUGAUAGUUUCACUGGCCUCGAGAAAUUGCUCACUCUCGAUUUGGACUAUAACAAACUAGACAGUCUUGGCCCUGCUAGUUUCCCGCGCCUUCCCUGCCUGGCCACCUUGCGGCUCCUCGGUAAUCCCCUCACCCACAUCUUCCCCUUUACUUUCGCCAAUGUCAACGCCACAGAAAAUCUUCUUCUUGGCUCCAGUCAGGUUUCUGCAGAGAUCCACAUUGACACCUUCAAACAGCUCGGAUCACUGACUGUGCUUCAACUCGAGAACACUACGUUGCUGUCCCUGAGCCGAGCACUGCUGGAGGGGAUGCCAGAUUUGAAGGAACUCACCAUCCAUGGCCACAUUCCCUCGAUCGACUUUGACGCAUUCACAGCAACUCCUAACCUGGAAUCCUUGACGCUCAGUAACUGUCACUUAGCUAGACUCUCCCUCGAUGCCUUCUUCGGCCUCAAGAGUCUCCGCUUCCUGGACUUGAGUCACAAUGGGUUGAUGGAGCUCUCGCCUGGCACCUUCGAUCACCUUUCCAGCCUCCGGGAACUAUACCUUCACCACAACAACCUGACAACACUGCCUCCAGGGAUCUUCCUGCCACUCCCGGCAAAGCUGGUGCAGCUGCAAGAGAACCCGUGGCACUGUACCUGUGAUUUACUGCAGCUGCGGCCUGCCGUCACUAAUAAGGUCCGGCAGACGGGGUACACAACAUGCCGGUGGGAAGAGAAACAAGGUACAGUGUGCACGAACAACAGCCCCAUCCGUCUGAGGUUCGACUCGAGGGUAGCGCCGCUGUGUGCUACUCCUCUCCACCACUCCCGCCAAGAUGUCCACCAUGUCACCAGCCGCCGCCUCAAGUGCCCCAAGCAUCUGUGGAACCCGAGACCAGCGCCCUUCCGCGACACUCUCCGUGACACUCUCCGCCGUCUUGAUGACCUCAACGUCAACAGCCUCAAUGAAAGGAAGGCGGAAGUUCCACUGGCAGAAGAUGAACCUACAUGGCUUCCUCUCACUGCUUUUUCCUCCCCACCUCAUGACAUGAAAGAUUUACUAGAGAUUGCAGAAUCGGAGAUGCCCGAAGAGGCUUUUGCUCCACUGACCGAUGAGUAUUAUGAGGGUACUGAAGGGGUGAAGGAAGACGUUGGGGAAGAAAAACACGAGGAGGAAGACAACUUGUUGAUAGUACAGCUCACACCAGAUCAAGCUGCUCUCUCUCCUGGGUUCUCCGAGAACAACACGACGACGACCCCACUAAACAGCUAUCGGCUCGAGAAACAAAAGUUGAAGGCCAAGCUUAAAGCAGACAGAGAAAGACGUCUAAGAGCUCGACAAGCCAUGAAGCAACAGCAAAAACUCAAAUUAUUGGCAGAGAAACGAAAGAUCAAAGCCCAGAUGGAGGCUGAGCAGCGGCGGGAUCAACAUAGGAAGGAGGCGGAGAUGAGGGAGAUAAUGAAAGAGGAACUACUGAAGCAGAGGAUGACGGCCAGGCAAAGCACCCUCCUGUCCUAGCUCACCACCUCCCUCACCCUCCACAAACGAUGCACCAGCUUCUCUAAAUGUUUAUAUAGAGUUAACAUUUAGGAUAUCGGAUUAAAUUUAAGGUAUAUAAAUCAACUUUUAAAGUAUAUUUUUAUAGGCCAUCCAUUACGGUGGCGACAGUUUUAUGAAGGUUAAACAAUUUUUAAAGAUAUUUAACUGAGGGCCCCACCACUCAUUAUUCUUCCACUUCACCUCUCUUCUCUGUGUAUUUACCUUCAUCUACCCUCUCCUUCGGCCCUUCACUUCUGUCUUCUUGACCCUUGUGACCUCCCUCAUCCUCCAUUCGUUGUGCCAUACAUUUCACAUCCAUCAAUCAAAGUGUUAAGCGCUUUUCCUCAUAUCUGAGGGUUGGCGACUACUGUCCCCCAAUCGAAACGUUUUCGGACUGUUUUACCAAUUCACCCAGAUUUUGCAUCUCUCUGGGGACACAGCUCUUAGUCUAAUUCAUUCAUCCCAAUCCCUGCCUUCCGCUGGCCCUCCUUCCCUAAAGUCUGCACAUCAAUAUCUCUUUAAUUAUCCCUUCACCCCUAAUUAUCUUGCCAAAGUAUCUCGUUUGUCUUUCGAGUAUCUAUCAUGAUGUUUGUGCCAAUCUUUGUGUUUUAUCAUUUAUUUUCUUAUCAGUAUAACUUAUUUUUAACAUUCUCCUGUAGCUCCAUGUUUCCUAUCUGCUGAAGGUUCCUACUCUUCUGACCCAUACAACAGGACCGACCAUACAUAGCUUUUUAGCAGCCCUUUUUUUUUCUAAUUUAAAUUAUUUUAUCUUUUAUAUUUAUAUUUUAUUUUAUUAAAUGCUGUUUCUGCUUAACCUAUUCUAUUUUAAUUUUUUGCACAUCUAUCAUCAUAACAUUACAGUACUUCCUAAAUACAGAACACAAAAUUUUA